AUGCCGCAAUCUCCAGAUCCUCUUAGCCAUGGCCCGCCACCGCAAGAGGCUAAGAAGUCGGUCAAACUGGGUUUGACCUCGGGCGUCUUUAUUCCCGUUUUUCUGAAUAUUCUCAGCAUUCUCAUGUUUCUGCGUUUUGGUCUAAUCUUGGGUCAAGUUGGCUUUCUCGGCUUUCUAGCCUUGAUGCUCACCGCAUACUGCGUUGAUUUACUCACGACCCUUUCCCUCUCUGCCAUUGCAUCCAACGGAGAAGUCAAAGGUGGUGGUGCCUACUAUCUAAUAUCGAGGUCCCUCGGGCCGGAGUUUGGCGGUUCCAUUGGCAUACUGUUCUUUCUCGCACAAGCUCUCAAUUCUGCCAUGAAUUGCGUUGGACUCAUUGACUGUAUACGCCUUUAUGUCGGCCACAACUUCCCACAGGGCUAUUGGACGAGCUAUGCACUACAGACUGCAGCUCUCGCACUCUGCACUGGUCUCUGCCUUUUGGGUUCAGCCGUCUUUUCCAAGGCCUCAAAUGCCUUGGUCGUCAUCAUGAUACUGUCCAUAACCAGCAUUCCUAUCUCCGCCGUAUUCAAAUCGCCAUUUCGAGACUUGGAAAAUGGAGUGGAAUUUACAGGCUUCAGCUUGCAGACGCUUAGCAGUAACAUGCUUCCACCAACCAAUACCGCCGUGUAUCAAGGCGUAAAGACUUUCCGUGACUUGUUUGGAAUCCUUUUUCCAGCUACAUCUGGCAUAUUUGCUGGUGCUUCCAUGUCAGGCGACUUAAAAAACCCAAGUACCACCAUUCCAAAGGGCACGCUUUGGGCCAUGUUUGCGACUUUUAUCGUAUACUUGGUCGUUAUAGUAUCUAUGGCGGCCUCUACCACCCACGCUUCGUUUCUGGCAAAUGCGAAUAUUCUAUCUGCCACCAGCCUGUCUAGUCCAAUUAUUUUCGCCGGCGAAUGUGCUGUGACAUUCUUUUCUGCGACGAUGGGAGUCAUUGGUGCUGCCAAACUUUUUCAAGCACUUGCGAAAGACAAACUGCUGCCUGGACUGUCAAUCUUUGGCAAGGGCACGAAGAAGGCGGAUGAGCCUAUUCUUGCUGUUCUCUUGACAUACACCAUUGCCCAAGUGGCCUUGCUGGCAGACUUGAAUCAAAUCGCGACAUUGAUUUCCAUGGGCUACCAGAUGACUUUUUUCGUCAUGAACCUGGCCUGCUUUCUGCUCAAGAUUGGCUCCGCUCCCAAUUUUCGACCUGGCUUCAAAUUCUUCAGUUGGCAGACGGCACUCGUCGGUAGUCUGUUGUCUGCUGCGGCCAUGCUCUUUAUCGAUGAGACUUAUGCCGCCAUGGCCAUUUGUGUCUUGAUUGCCACAUUCCUCAUCAUACACUACCUGUGUCUCCCCAAGCGAUGGGGCGACGUGUCCCAGAACCUCAUCUACCACCAAGUGCGAAAGUACCUGCUGCGUCUGAAACCCGAGCACAUCAAAUUCUGGCGCCCACAUAUUAUUCUUCUCAUCAACAAUCCAAGGCGCCAAGCUCGACUCAUUCAGUUCUGCAACUCUCUGAAAAAGGGGUCACUGUAUAUUCUCGGUCACGUCAUUGUUACGGACGACUUCGACGCCGGUGUCCACGAGGCGCGGUUACAGCAACAAGCCUGGACGAACUACAUCUCGGAGUUCUCCAGAAUCAAGGCGUUCGUGCAACUCACCAUGUCGCCAACUAUAAACUGGGGUGUCCGCAACCUAAUUCUGUCUGCUGGGUUGGGCGGCAUGCGCCCAAAUAUUGCCGUAAUCGGAUUCUACAACUUGGAUGAUCUAAGGCAAACGAACCCAGAUGUUUCUAUUCCAGAAUUGCCUCAAUCUCCUGCAAAGAAAAUGCUCAAACCAUCUAAAUCUUCCGAAGACAGAGUUUCGCUCAAGAGGCGUCGUGGCGACACUUCAGCUAGGCUCUUGGAAGGUGCCCUGCCCACGGAUGUCAUUCGGACCGAGUCAAUGAUGAACGUUACAGAAUACAUGACCAUGCUCGAGGACUUGGCUCUCAAGUACAAGCUCAAUGUCGCUGUUGCUAAGGGGUUCGAGAAGCUCGAAACACCGCGCUCCGACAAAUCCAACACGAAAAAGUACAUAGAUCUCUGGCCUAUUCAGAUGUCCGCAGAGGUAACUGCCGACGGCAAGAAUAUCGUCACCACAAACUUUGAUACGUACACUCUCAUACUCCAGCUUGGACACAUUCUGCAUUCGGUGCAGACCUGGAGGAACGUUUAUACCGUCCGAGUCAUGGUGUUCGUCGAAUACGAAAGCGAAGUCGAAGAAGAGCAAGCUCGCGUUAAAGCCCUGCUAGAAAAGCUCCGUAUCGACGCUACUGUGUCAGUGUUUUGGCUAGCCUCUGGCAGCCUUAAAACCUACGAGCACAUUAUCAACGGGAGUAUCGGAGAUGUUGACACGAGAAUCAUCGUCAAUGACGCAUUGAAGGACGAGGAAUGGUGGAAUGGAUUGCACCUGUAUCGUGGACGAGCCGACAUGUUCGAAAGCCAGGAUAUGACCCAAAUUACCCAUAUCCUCGACUCGACGUCGGGUCGCCGCGGCUUACACAAUCCACAUGAAGGGACCGGCUUUGACCAACGUCGUGCCAGUGUCGUGGCUGGGAUAGCUGAGAUUCCCAAGAAACCUGACCUAGCUACUCUAUCCAAAAUGGGCGUCAGUAUGGGCAUACAUACGCACCACCUCAACGAUGAGGUUUUCGAUGAAUCAGACCCAGAGGACUCAACAGACAGCGAAGAUGAAGAUGGAAAGAGAGAAGUGGAAAUACAGGCGCCAUAUAGCUACCCACACCCUCCCACACCUUAUCCGUUUGCUGAGGGAACGAGGCAGACGGAGCAGAAGCCUCUGCUUGAGGGCACUCUUAACCGGCGUGGGCGAUCGCACUUGAAGAAUCAUCCAGGAGGUUCAUUUGCACAGAGUGAGCCCGCCACGCAGCCCUUGAUCCAAGCUGUGUCGUCCGAUGGCCCUUCCUAUGGCACAAUCGCAUCAUCUUCAACAUUGUUCCAACCCGAAUCGAGCUUCAACUUGCCCCCCCAGGUGUCCAAGGUCCCCGAGGUGUCACGAACCGCCGCAAGCGACCCUUCGACACCUGAACCUGGCACUCGAGCAACGGACGCAACGGACAAGCUCGCCCAGUUCCCUACACUCGAACCACUGCUCGCGGCUAGUAAUGCGCCUACUAGUAAAGCAAGCUCACGACCCGCGAGCCCGAGCAGACAGGGAACAAAGACUCCGAGAAACGGCACCAAUACCCCUGUUAGACCCGCAAUGUCGCGGCAGUCCUCUGCCGUCAAGUUUUCCAGCCGCCCUGUCCCCGAGACGACCGUCACCGGCGAGGACUCGCGGCUCACCUUUGCCCAGCCGACGAUAAAUGACGCGUCGGGUUCAGACGCGCCACGCCCCGCGCACUCGCGCCAAUCGUCCCUAGGCAGGUUUGCCAGCCGGCCCGUAGCGGAGAAGCGCCCAUACCUGCCCGAUGGCGGCAGCAAAACUAUUACCUUUGCAGAGACACCCGUCUACCAGCCGUCCUCGGGCCCGUCGACGCGCCACCACUCGCGCCAUGGCUCGCAGUUUUCCUAUUUUGGCGACGUCGUCUACGACAUACCCGAGGUCAAGGACGCGGCGUAUCAUGAAGCGGCCGCCGACGUGGGCGGCUCGCCAUACUCGACGCAGAACGUGGCGCUGUCAUUCAACGACUUGCCCAGCCGCGCGCAGCACCUCAUCCUCAACGAGCUGAUGCGGCAAAACUCAAAAGACACGGCGGUGCUGAUGAGCACGCUUCCGAUUCCGGCAGACGGCACGAGCGGCGACGAGGAGGCGACGGUGCGGUACCUUUCCGACGUCGAGGUGCUGUGCGCAGAGCUGCCGCCUACGCUGAUGGUCUUGAGCAACAGCAUGACUGUGACUGUGAGCUUGUAG